GGAUUCAAUUAGCGAUUAACAGAAGACGUGACUGAACGGCAAACAUGGCGGAUGAAGAAGUAACCCAGACGGAAAUCAUCAUGACACCUUCCAAGAAGGGCAAAGCCACUCACAUUCGAAUUGAGCGAAGGAAGAAGCUUGAUAUGAAUGGCACAGAAUCUGAUGAGCGCCAUCACGUUGGCGGGGGUGAACACAAGGGUCUGGUGGUGAACAAAUCUUCCCAAGGCAAUGCUGAGGAGGACCUUGGUGCGGCCCAUGUACAGCUGGCUUUCAACUGCUUCAUGGUAGACAUGAAGACCCAGAAACACCUUGUGGAGGGUCGAAAGUUGAAGUUUUGGUACGUGGACUCGGCCGACUAUCUUGACCAGAUGACCACUGGGUUUGAAUUCUUCAAGGAGCUGCUGAAACCAGAAAACUUCCCAAAAGAUUAUGUGGGCUUCAUCAGAAAAUGCAUGAAGCAGAUGCAGACGUCCAAAUACAACCUGAUUAGGAAGCUGAAUGUUGAAAUACAGGUUCUCGAUGAAGGGGAUGCACCACUUACACCAGGAGGGAGUCAUCUUUCUGAUGAACAUUUCGCGUUUGCGAAAGUUAAAGACUCUCGACCAGUGUACGAGAUUGUACGUGAGAAGUUGUUAACAAUACUGGAAUCAGCUUAUCCCAAUAUUUUGACUGUGGAGGACUUAAUCAGGAUUGUAAAUGUAGAAGAUGCUACUGAGGAAAUGCUCCGGGAACAGUUGGAAGAGCUUGAGAAAAGGGAACUUGUUAAGAAACUCGAGAAUGGUGGAUAUGUUAGACACGUGCUCGGCACUAAGACUGGCGAGACAGAGGUGCAAGUUGUGAAACAGAUGAACGUAGUCUCAGCCAGCAACCAGCCAACAAUCGCCAUCAUAACUGCUAACUACUGUGAAAAAAUGGCUGUGGAUGCUAUGAUGGAGAAUAAAACCACAUAUGUUAAAUAUAAGGUUAAAGGAGAGUCGAACGCUUACACAAUAGGGUUUAUUGGCGAGCAUAAGUGUGUUUCAACAAAACUGCCCAUGAUCGGACAUGACCGAUCAGCCCAGAUUUCCUCCGGGAACACAACAACAAGACUGCUAGGUACAUUCCAGCAAGUCGAACACGUGUUUGUUGUGGGCGUUGGUGGAGGAGUACCUCAUUUUACAAACUACUUUAAACAUCUGAGAAUGGGAGAUGUGCUCAUUUCCGAGUGUGACGCUGCUGGAAACCUAUAUUACUACUGCGACAAAGUCCUACAGGAAAAGGAUGGUUCCAUUGUUUACAACACGAAGACAUUCCGGCCCAAGGAUUAUUUCCUCCAGGAAGUCAUAAAAAACAUCAAAGCCGUAAGGAGUCAGCGUCACUUUGCACCCUGGGAGAAAUACAUGAAAGACGGGCUGGAACUGCUGUCCACCCAGGAGGCAGAUUACAACCGACCCCCGACAGAGACUGACAGGUUGACGAUGAUGAUAGGUGAGGGAAACAUAAUUGAGAUGCAGCAUCCACAUCAUCCUGAUGGCAUUGAUGAGCGUCAUGGAAUGCCGAAAGUCUUUUUCGGGGCCAUCGGGGCUGGUAAACGCUUCGCUCGUGAUGAUGACCUUCGAUUGGAUUUUGCAGCAAAGAACGGCCUCCAGACCUUCGAUUCCGAGUUUGAUCAAGUCUUGGGAGGAAUUCUGGGUAGUGUCAAGGACAGCUUCCUGUUCAUACGUGGUAUUGCUGACUACAGCGAUGGGAUGCAGAAGACAGAAUGGCAGCCAUACGCAGCACUCGUUGCCGCAGCAGUUACAAAGUCAAUAAUUAAAUCGUUUAAAAGUCCAUACGGAUCAGAGGACGAAGCUUAAAUGAAGGGAGAACAAUCGCAGUCCUGUAAUAUGGAAUGAGUUGUAAUGGUUGCAAUUUUCAUAUACAUUUUAGAAACAAAUUUUAGGAUACACACUUUCUAUGCUUUUCUGUAAUUUUGAAUAUUUGUUGUAUACUUGUUUACUAGGAAGUUUAAUAUCUGGGAGAGAUCUCCUUCAGUAAAUUUUGUCACACUGCAUUACACUUACUGUACCACUUAUCUUUAUAUUUUGUUUAUGUUUUAUUUCUUAACACAGAAAGGUAUAGAUAAAAAGAAAUUGUUCAGAUUCUAAAUGAAAUGAUACCUAAUGUCAAAAUGUAAACUUGUAUCAAUUGUAAAAUGAAAAGUGUGAAUCAUAUUAUAUUUGCUAAUCCAUUAAUCCUGAAUAUGCUGGUGUAUGGAUAUAAACAAAAAAAUGCAAAAAGUGUCUUUGGGGUCGCAUUUUUCCCCCAUUUGCCAUAAUUUUUUUGUAUGAUUGUCAAACCGGUUUAGUUUGAUCAUUAUUUGACCAUUUUAUCAUGCAAACUGACAAAACAUGGUUUAAACUAUUAUCAAAUGUAGAUGCGUCAAAAAUGCACUAUUUGAAAUUUAUUUCACACUUUUCGGUGGUUUAUUGAAAAAUGCAGGUGGAUUAUAUCCUGAUUAUUUCAUUAUUUGAAAUGUAAUUUCACUUUUACUCUUACUUGCGUCCAAUUCAAUGCAAAAAAGACAACAAAUUUUUACACAAACAGUUGGAAGAAAAGUCAAUGAUUAAUUUCCCACAAUUUUGCCUGUUUUAAGUAUUUACAAUUUACUAUGAACACUGUUUCCACAAUUUCCCAUCAUAAUGUUAAGAUAGACACAUUCAAUCUUAGUUUUAGCUUUGAAUUGUAAGAUGAAGAAAAGUUGGAAUGUUUCAGUUAACUUGUAAAACAAAAAUGAUUUCAUGUACAACUUUUUACUUGUUAAAAAGAAUGAAUUUUGUGUGUGUUUAUGUGUAUAUGGUGUUUUAUCAAUAUGGUGCAAUGCUUCUGUAUAAUCUCAAAGCUACCGUUUUUAACCUUGCCUCUUUAACCGCAAGCUUAUUGAAAUUGCUUGUUGAUUGGAAUUGUCCAAACCAUAAGAGUGUGAUGAAUUUGGGACGACGGAAACCAUGUAUUUCAUAGUCUUAGUUAGAGUUAUAUUCAAACAAGGUUUUUUCAUAUUAAUCUUAAAUGUAAAAUUCAUUUACUCUUCAUGUUCAAUGGGUGUGAAAUAGCUUGCUGAAAUUUGCUUAUAAUGCUUAUUUCUUUUUUUAAAUCAAUGUAAUUCCAAUAACGAAAAGACAUCGAAAAUUUAAUUUCUCAAUUUUAAAGACUUCAAUAGAUACUUCACAAUACAAUGAUAAUUUUUAUCUUUAAGGCCUUUUGGUAAAGCGAGAAGACAAUUCAGAUUUAAAGCUACACUCUCACAGAUUGAACGUUUGUCAACUUUUUUUUUUUUUGUCUUGGAACAGGCCAAUUUUUGCGAAAAAUCAUGGAAACCAGUUAUAUAAGACUACUGACAAAAAAUUAGAUCGCAGAUUUUUAUAUUUAAGUUCAAAAAUUGAUGUUUUAUGCAUUUUUCUUAACCAUUAUAGUAACGGUUUAAGCCAUAAAACAUUAAUUUUCGAUAGGAAAUAUGAAAAUCUACGAUCUGAUUUUUUGUCAGCAAUCUUAUAUCAUUGGUUUGCUGAUAUUUAUGCAGAAAAAUUCUCUUUCCAAGACAAAAAAUAAAAAAGUUGUAAAAAUGGUAUGGGAGAGUGCAGCUUUAAAGGAAGUAUUUAAAAUUUAAUUUAACUCCAUCACUGAAUUUUUGUUCUAUUUUUAUUUUUUACUUUUAUUUUUCUCAGUUAUGUUGUGAAUCACUUUUGUUUAAUAUAUAUAAGUCAGCAAUUCAGAUUUUUUUUUAUAAAUGUGGAAUUUCUCUGUUAUUUUUGUAAAUCAUAUAUGAAAUAAAAAAAACCAAGUUGUAAACAUUGUUUUCCUUACUUAUAUAUUGUUUCUGUUAUAAUUAUGUACUAGUAUGGAAUUUUAUUUUUCUACAUGACCGGUUGUAUAUUUUUCAUAUUUUUAAAUUCUUAACAUAGUUAAAACAUGACUGUUAAUAUAUUUUAUGUGUACAGAAUUGUAUUUCAAUACUUUAUUGCAUAUUGUUUCUUUGGGGAUAAUUAGUCAAUAAUCAUUUUUUUUUAUUUCAGUUCUAUUAAUUUCUAAAAAAAUCAUACAUAAUGCAGACAGGUAGUAGGCAAUUGUAUAUAACUCUGAUAAGUUUUCCACUGCUAGGUUAUCUUUAAUUUGCGGCUGGUGAUUUAUGAUCCUAUUGAUCCAGGGUGAUAAAUUGCAUCAUAAAUGCUACGUCGGAAGGCAAUAUUUUGCUUCGAAUGAAGACUUAAAACAAAGAUAACUUCACUAUUUCUUCACCAUAUUAGAUAAAACAUAGCACAGUCUACGCCUCUUAAGGAGCCCCGCCUUCGGUCUUUGCCCGAGUUUGAUUGAGACUUUAGUUUCUUUAAAAACUUUGACAAAACUUUUCACAAUACUUCGGUAAUAAAACGAAGGUGGCGUUCUUUAAGUGGCAUAGAUUGCCUUUUGUUUUUAUUUAAAAUGGUAUAGUUAAAGAAAGUUAUCUCUGAUUUUAGUCUUCAUUUUAAGCAAAAUGUUGCCUUCCGAUGUAGCAUAUAAUUUAUCACGUGGUGUGAUUUUUGAAAGAAAAACCUGCUGUCUUAAAUGGUCACCAGCAUUUUGUUUUCAUUUCAAAAAGAUGAAUACACAAAUGUACAUCCUUUUCUAGAUAAUCAAGAGGUUUCAUUGAAAAUUGUUGUGGCAAAAUUAUCAACGUAGAUGCCAAUCAUUUGACAAAUCUUGCCAUUCCAUUUGUUGUAAAAGGGACUAGACACCAGAUGGUCCCAAAAUAGACUGGUUCAUUGUUUCCACAAAACAAGCCUAGAAUUGUCACACGAGCUAGUUUGAGGCUGAAAAUAUGUUAAUAAUAAUAAUUUGGCAUGAUUUAAAGAAUAUUCUGUAUCUGUUUCAGCUGAGUUUACCCAUUUAAAUAACGCAUUAUGGUUUCCCAGUUUGUAGUGUGUAAAUUUAGCAUGUGAAAGUCACGUGAUAAGUACAGAUACAUAUAUACCCAGUAAAUUUUAAAUUGAAAAAAAAAUACGACGGAUACAUGUGUUGUAAUGAUAUCAAUUUUAUGUAAGGUUUGAUAAAAAAAUAAUCUUACAAUUGUAACAACUGGUGUCAAGUCCCUUUAAGGUCUGUACAUUUUGAGAUCAUUUCAAAACCAAAUAUGAAAACGAAGCAAAUGCUGCCAAGCUCCUUUAUUUUUCAUAUGAUAAGGCGUAAUAACUUAUUUGUUUGUUUCCGAUUUCACAACCUAUACUACCAAUCCUAUUUUUUUGCACCUGACCCUGUUUAUGUAUUGCCAGCAGACUAUUUGUCUCUGAUUUCUUUUCCCCUAUUUGGAUAGAAUAUCAGAAUGGAAACUACAAGUAAAAUGAAUGUAUACAAACAUAAUGAUGGUGUUCAAAGUAUAAAAAUCAAAUUCAGACUUGUGAAGUUCAGAUGAUCGAUAAUAAUCGAAAAUUUUUAUUGGUUGGGUCUGAAAUCAGCAACACUCAAUUGUAUUUGGUCAUAAUCGACCUCCGAGAUCACCCGCGAGUUGUUUUUCAUCUUUCCUCUCGUUAUUUGUUAGGUUAAUUUCUGCCAAUUUUCUGCUUUGAGUUCAUUUGUAUAUUCAAGUGUUCAGAUGUUAUCAUAAACAGUAUGGCCAAAAGCAGCAACAACCCUUUAUGAGUUUAAACAUACAAAUACCAUUAGCAUUGUAAAGGAUUAUGAGUUAUUGUACAAGAAUGAAUUAAGUUAUUGUCAAAAACCGAUUGUACUAUCGAUAAUCGGUUACUUAACUGGAACUGAUUGUCGAUAGUCAAACUAGAACCGAUUCCAACAAUAAUUCAGACACAUUUAUGUGAUUCCUAUGAUGAUUGAUAGCGAUAUCUCCUAUUCAUUCGUGUACAGCUGGUUAAUUGUUUUACAAAUAUGAUUUGGCAUUUUAUAUCCUUAUUAUAAUUAUAGAUAUCACAUAAUGUAAGUAGACAUUUUAGAUGCCUUUCUGUAUUUGCAUUUUUUUUUUUUUUAUCUUUGUACAUAAUCUUGCAUAAAGUCAAACAUUUUUUGAUUUCACUUCAAUAUAUGGAAGAUAAUUGUUUGUUUGAGUGGGAGAUCAAUUUGACUUCAUUGAGUGAGCACCGAAAUGAACAAUUUCACGAGUGGUUCAACCGCCAGUGAAAAUGUAAAUUUUUAACGUUUCACGAGAUGAAAUAAAAUUGAUAUCUUACUGAAACAAAUCAUUUUUCUUUAUUAUUUUGUGCUUAAAACUCCUUCCAAAUGAUGUUAAUUGGUGUUCAAUUGCAAAAGCGCUCUAAAUAUUUGAUGAUGUAAAGCCAUUCUAGAAAUUAAGUGAUUGAUCAUUUGCCCAAGCUUUUUGAGCACUGACAUUAUAAUUUAGAAGGCUGUAUGGGCCAAAGUUUCAAAACAGUGAAACUUACUGAUAUAAAAAGUAUAUCAACCACAAGAAAGUAUAAAGUAAAGCAUAAUUAUUAAGAUUAAGUAUUUUUUUUUUUUUCUUAGAUUUUAUAAUGGGGAAUGCUAGUUGUUAAGGCUAUUUAGACACUGAUAGUAUUGGCGUUGCUGGUGGGUGGGGAACUUAGAUAUACAUUAACAUUGUAAAAGGAUAAUAAUGCUACUUCGUUAUAAUAUUGCCUUUUAACUUGGAAACAAGGAAAUGAAAUAUUCUGAAAUCAUGUUUGAAGCAAAGCAUUUAGUUUAGGCCAUGGGUUCUAUAGUUCCAUGAUUAAUCCCUAAAAUCAAGAUUGAGAAAUUUCAACAUCAGUUUAUUGUCAUCCUCGUUCACCAGAGUGAUGAUGCUUAUCGGUAGAUUUAUCAUUAUUAACCUCUGAUGAAUCAGAAUGUUUAUUGUACAGUUGUAAAGAUUGUUAUUUGUUGGGACAUUUGCAUCAAAACAGUAGAAAGUACCUUGGAAUGAAUAUAAAUGACUUGAAAACAAUUUCAAAAGGGGCCUAUGAGCCUUUAUCCCACUUUGGGCAUAACUCCCUAAUAUUCAAACAGACCCCCAAGCUAUUAUUCGGGAUUGACAACUGUCAGCAGUUGAAAUCCUUGUUAAUCAAACAGCUGUCACAGUUUUGUUACAUUAGAACUUAUAUGUGGGAUAAAGAUUUUAGUUUUGUCUAUAAAUAAUCUAUUACUUUUGAUUUACUUUUAAUUAUGUUUUUUUUUCUCUUGCUAGAAAACUUUAGAAGUUUCUUGCUUAGCAUUUUGCUGUCAUAGAUUUAUGAAACAGAACAUUUGUAAACAUCUAAACUUCUAAAAGGACAUGGAUUUGAAUUAAUUUACAACAUUUGUGUGUUUUUUCAUUUAAAUGUUAUUAAUAGAUGCUAAUAUUUUUGCACCAAACAGACUACUGGUAUAUGUGUAUGUAAAGAUACCAUUCAACCUUUGUCAUCUACAGACCUCUUUUGUGUAAGGUUAUCUAUAAAUUUGUGCAGUAAAUAUCGUUUACAAAGUACUGGUACAUAUGUUUACCUGCUAUGUGCCUUUCAUGUAUACACACUAUUAAAACAUGAAACAUA